AUGUCUACCGACCCGAAAUUCGACGACCUACACAAACAACUCUUCGAUGAAGGGAUGAAGGUUCGCCGCGGGGUCUUGGGAGAUUCAUAUGUCGACCAAGCUCUAGAAAACGGCACUACCGAAUUCUCAAAACCGUGCCAAGAAAUGAUCACCGAAUGGGCCUGGGGAAAUGUCUGGACCCGACCUGGCCUGGAACGACGAGACCGCAGUCUGCUCAAUAUUGGCAUGUUAAUGGCCCUCAAUCGUGGCCCUGAAUUGGCUCUCCAUAUCAGAGGCGCCCGCAAUAAUGGACUGAGCGAGCUUGAGAUUCGGGAGGCGAUCCUACAUGCUACGGUGUAUUGUGGUGCUCCGGCGGGAGUCGAUGCGUUCAAAACUGCUGAACGGGUAUUCAAUGAGAUGGCUGCAAAUGGCGAGAAGCCUCGGGAGUUGGGAGAGAAGAUACAAGCUUAG